AUGCACAGUCAACAAGAUUUGGAAAUUCCAAGGUUUGAAGGGAGUGAACGGUGCACAUGUGGAAAUUGUGGGACUUGGAACUUUUGGAAUAUCAUUAAUUUUCCAACAGCUAUAUGGGAAGAACAGAACAAUCGAGCUAAAAUCAUUCACAAUGAACAAGGAAAUAGAACCACGCCUUCCUUGGUUGCUUUCACUGAUACCCAAAGAUUGAUUGAUGCGAAGAGGUUGAUUGGUAGAAAAUACAGUGAUUCAGUUGUUCAGGAUGAUGUUAAGGUCUGGCCUUUUCAGGUCAUUGCUCGAACUGAUGACAAACCCACUAUUGUUGUUAAGUACAAGGGUGGGGAAAAAUACCUUGUUCCUGAGGAUAUCUCAUCCAUGGUUCUCACAAAUAUGAAGGAGAUUGCUGAAGCAUUUUUGGCUUCACCUGUGAAGAAUGCAGUUAUCACUGUGCCUGCUCACUUCAAUGACUCUCAGCGAAAAGCCACCAAAGAUGUCGGUGCUAUUGCUGGCAUUGAUGUUAUGCGGAUAAUCAACGAACCAACCGCUGCAGGUCUCGCAUAUGGCCUUCAAAAGAAAUCUAGGUUUAAUGGCAAGUGCAAUAUUUUAAUCUUUGGUCUCGGCGGCGACACUUUUGAUGUGUCUAUUCUCACAAUUGAGGAUGAUAGCUUUGAAGUGAAGGCCACUGCUGGUGAUACUCACCUUGGAGGAGAGGACAUUGAUAACAUAAUGGUGAACUAUUUUGUUCAGGAGUUCAUGAGGAAAUACAAGAAGGACAUUAGUGGAAACCCAAGAGCCUUGAGGAGGUUGAGAAGUGCGUCUGAGAGGGCAAAAAGGGAACUCUCAUUUGCCACUGAUACCACCAUUGAGGUAGAUGCUUUGUUUGAGAGUACUGACUUGUGUUCAACAAUUACUCACGCUAAAUUUCAGGAACUGAACAUUGAUCUCUUUAAGAAGUGCAUGGAGACAGUUGAGAGGUGUCUUGAAGACUCUAAGAUGGACAAGAGUGACAUAGUUGAUGUUGUUCUUGUUGGUGGUUCAUCUAGGAUUCCCAAAGUGCAGCAGCUAUUGCAGGAUUUUUUCAAUGGCAAGGAACUGUGCAAGAGCAUCAACCCUGAUGAGGCUGUUGCUUAUGGUGCAGCUGUUCAGGCUGCUUUGUUGACUGAAGGCGUAAAGAAUAUUCCAAACUUAGUGCUUUUGGAUGUUACACCUCUUUCACUUGGUUUUGGGAUAAAUGGAGAUUUCAUGAGUGUGUUGAUUCCAAGGAAUACCACUAUUAAUCCUUCAAAGAAGAAACGAAGAUACUUCACAUGUGAUGAAAACCAAUCCGCUCUACUGAUUGAGGUUUAUGAGGGCGAGAGAGCAAGAGCUAGUGAUAACCAUUUGCUGGGCUCUUUUCUUCUUCCUGUCAACCCACCUGCUCCUCGUUACUAUCUGUGA